GUGUGAAUCGAGAGACUAUGUCAUCCAAAGGAAGGAAGAAAACUAUCGAAGCGCGUGCAUAAUAUCGACUUAUAUGAAUGAAAACAUAAAUAGUGCAGAUUGCUUUCAUACCACACAAUAAUAAGAAAGCAAAAAAAAAAAUCGCACAUCACAGUGAUAAGUGCCAAGUGACAAGUGACAAGUGACAAGUGUUAAGUGUUACGUGUUACGUUUUACUACUUUGUUGCUCUGCUGUUUUUCGUGGUUAUCUGAAAUUACUUGACUUAUUUCGCGCAUUUCAUUUAAAUUAUGACAAAUGAGUGGAUCGAUUGGUCGGAUUGCCGUUUGCGUGCACCCAUACGUGCCGGCUACAAUCAUCAUCAAUCGCUGCUCAAUAACAACUACACUGGAUUUUCGAAUAAAUUCCAUUUGCGAACGCAUAAAUUGCAACAGUUGCAUACCUCCGGCGCGAAGCUAAAAGAUGUGCCAACACAAAUUCCACCACUCACCCCGGGUACAAAUCGAAAGGUAGCCGAAGUGUUAAAGGCCUCUUUCGCAUCAUGGGAGAAGGAGGUGCAGAACUGCAAUAUUACCAAAGAUCCCCGCGAAUGGACGGAGGAGCAUGUCAUCUAUUGGCUUAAUUGGGCAAUCAAAGAGUUCUCCUUGGUCUCGAUGAAUUUGGAGCCGUUUAUAAAAAUGAAAGGACGUGAUAUGAUUGAAUUAGGCAAAGACAAGUUUCUAGCGAUAACACCGCCAUUUACGGGCGAUAUUUUGUGGGAACACUUAGAUAUACUGCAGAAAGAUUGUGAAAAAUGCGGCGUUGAUGAUGUAAAUUCACAACAGAGCGCCUUUGAGGCGGCCACCACUGCGUCAGUCUGUGGAUCAGAUCAUCAAGUGGGCAACUAUUUAGGUAAUAACGGCAAUAACAAUAACAAUAAUAACAACAGUCACCGAUUAGCACCCGAUUACGCAACACCGCCAUCCAGUGAUAAAAGUAGCUUCCAUUCGCCCUCGGUGCAUCAUAGCGGUGAGUAAAAUCAAAAUUAUGUUUUUUGUG